UUAUGGUACAGUCUUUAAUAUUUCUGUUGUUUUUUUUAUGUAGCUGCCUCUGCUGCGGGUGGUGCUAUUGUUUUAGCUGUGAUUUCCAGAACCAUGAAUCGAGGUGAAGGGUAUGAUGUAAAUGUUUUACAUGAUAAUAUAAUUCUGCAUGAUAAUAUAAUUCUCUAUAGAAAAUAUAUAUAAUAUAAAAUCUACAACUUGUGACAACAGUGUUACCAGUAAGGCGUGCUGCCUUAUAUAUAUAUAUAUAUAUAUAUAUAUAAACACACACAUAAAUAUAAACAUAGUGCUUGCAUAUUAUAUUAUAUUAUACAAUAUAUUAUAUUAUAUCUUGCAAAAACACCAGUUUAUAGAACAUCAUCAUCUCUUGAGGCCCAUGUGCGCCACGCAGUCCAUAUAAAGUCUGUGGAUUAUUACAUCAGCAUCAUGUUAGUGUGGAUCAGAGCAGGGAAACAGAAUCACAACAACAUGUUUCAAACGUUCUGAGUCAAACACAUUAUCACGUGACAGUUCUGCUCGGGUUCCUGUGGGUCAGAGGACAUUAGGAACGGUCUCUCCUGGGCCUCAUCCCCCCGUCUGCACCGUCACUGUUCAGCCAACAGCGUCAUUCGCCCCUGCCUUAUAAAACUGUCAACGCCUUUCUCUCACCUGGACUGACACGCUGCACAGACCCCGGGGCAGGACAGAGGCUGGACCUGUCCACAAGAAGACAAGAGGUGGACAGAAGUUUUUUUUAAAUUCUUUUUUAUUUCUUUAACAAGACCAGUUUCUUUUAUGAAUCUGGCAAAUUAUUCUUACUUUCCUGGCAUGUGCAACAUGACCGUGGAGACGCAGCCCUCGCCUGCUGAGGGAAGUCCUGUGGUCCUCUCUCCCGCUGUGAGCCUGGACUCUCCUCUUCAAACUCCUCCGCCUCUGAUGCUGCAGCCCCGCUCCAAGGAGAAUGUUUUAAUCAAGUCGGAGCCCAGAGGGACCAGUCCCGACACAGAGGAGGGGGUCGCUCUGGGCCACACCGAGGAGCACCUGCCCUCAGGCAGCCGCCGGAGGAAGAGGCCGGUCCAGAGGGGGAAGCCUCCCUACAGCUACAUCGCUCUCAUUGCCAUGGCCAUCGCCAACUCCCCGGAGAGGAAGCUCACUCUGGGGGGCAUUUACAAGUUCAUCAUGGAACGGUUCCCGUUUUACAGGGAGAACUCCAAGAAGUGGCAGAACUCAAUCCGACACAACCUCACCCUCAAUGACUGCUUUGUGAAGAUCCCCCGGGAACCGGGCAGACCAGGGAAGGGCAACUACUGGACACUGGACCCAGCAGCUGAGGACAUGUUCGACAACGGGAGCUUCCUGAGAAGGAGGAAAAGGUUUAAACGCACAGACGUCACCACGUAUCCUGGCUACAUGCAGAGCUCCAGUGCCUUCACCCCAACGCCGAUGGGCAGGCCGUCGUACCCCGCCACCCUGUACUCAGGUAUGGGCUCUGGGUACGGCUCCCAGCUGACGUCAACAUCCCCACACCAUCCUGCGAUGCUGCAUCAUUACCAGACCCCAGCCGGGGUCGGUCAAGGACAGCCGCGCAUGUUCAGCAUCGACAACAUCAUCAGCCAGCAGACGGCAGUGCAGAACAGUCCGGGGACAGAGUUCAACUGCCAGGCGCUGGGGCUGGGAGCCGGAGACUUGGGCACCAUGACCGCCAGCUGCCCGGCGACUGGCACAGAGUCGUCCGCGUGUUUCCAGAGCCAGACUGUCAAUCCGUCUGCAAACAUGCUGUGCAGAAACAGUGGGAAUGUUGCAUCCAACCUGGUGGCUGGAUAUCCAUACUCCUCCUCGGCGUCACCUCCACAUCUAUCCACGAUGACCCAGUCCGGGUUCUCUCCGGGACCCUCUCAGGUUUACUGCACUGGAAACAGGCUGUCCCUGCCGGCCCUGCGCCCUGCGUCCUGCGCUGAGCACACGGAGCAGCUGCUGGGCCUCUCCAGCCCCAUGAACUCCUACAACAACACUUACAUGAGACAGGCCAACUUUGCAACAGGAUUAGACCGAUAUAUGUAG